UUUACCAUCCAGUGAUCUGAAUUGGGCUGCGUGAUCUCACAGCGUGAUCGGCCGAUACCUGCACGGUGGAUCCUCCGCCGACGGCUCGCAGCGGCAUCCUCACCGCCCUCACCGACCUCACUUUCGCCCUUAGAAUAACGCCGCCAGCCGCGAUGAGACGGAUAACGGGAAAGGCGAAGGAUGAAACUUUGAUCGAGCUGCAGAGCGCGACCGAUUCUCAGACUGGAGAUGGUCCUGCAGUGUUGACCGCAUUCAGGAUUAACCUGCACUCAGAUGAAAACAGUGGAAAUGGCGUUCCGUUAUCUGAGAGGACAACACUUCCUGGACAUGCUGAAACAGACAAGCUACAACCGAAUAAAGACACCGUGUUCUUCAGGGACGGAGUUCGAAGAAUAGACUUUGUGUUGUCUUAUGUAGACGACAAAGAUGGAGAAAGGAAACAAGAAAGGAGGAGGGAGUUCGAGGCCAACCUUGAGAAAGCAGGACUGGAGCUGGAGACUGAUGACAAAUCGGACUCCAAAGACCAAAAGACGUAUUUCUUGAAGAUCCACGCCCCAUGGGAUGUGCUGGCCACCUACGCUGACGUCUUAAAGAUCAAAGUCCCCUUCAAGCCGAGCGAUAUCCCCCACGGUCAGGAUGUCCCGCUGGAGUGGCUCUCACAUCCUUUCCGCCUGCCAGAGCACAUCAUGCACCCACAACCCGACUACUUCACCUACCCCUUCGACAAGACCAAGACCGACUUCUUCCUCAUCACUGACAAGGAUACUUUCUUCCCGCCUUCCACCAGAAACAGAAUUGUCUUCUACAUCCUGGCUCGGUGUCCGUACUACAAAGAGGGUCUGAGAGACAGAGACAAGACGGGAAUCAAGCGACUGCUCAGCAAUGGGACGUACACAGCAGCUUUUCCGCUACACGACUGUCGAUACUGGAAAAGGGCAAGAAACGCCGAAUGUGAGAGCGAGCGCUACAACCUGUACAAGCACUGGGCCAGAUUUCUCUGCUUUUACAAGGAGCAGCCUCUCAACCUCAUCAGGAAGUACUAUGGGGAGAAGAUUGGGAUCUACUUUGCCUGGCUGGGCUUCUACACAGAGAUGCUGUUCUUCGCAGCCGUCAUGGGCGUUAUAUGUUUCACCUAUGGAGUGCUCAGUUAUGAUGACAACAUAUCAAGCAAAGAAAUAUGUGACGCCAAUAUUGGAGGCAGUAUUGUGAUGUGUCCGCUUUGUGAUAAAAAAUGCCCUUUCUGGAAGCUCAACUCUACGUGUCUCUCAUCCUGGCAAUCCCAUCUGUUUGAUAAUGAGGGAACGAUAUUCUUUGCCAUAUUUAUGGGGAUUUGGGUAACUCUGUUUUUGGAGUUCUGGAAACGGCGUCAGGCCCGGCUGGAGUACGAGUGGGACUUGGUGGACUUUGAGGAGGAGCAGCAGCAGCUCCAAAUCCGGCCCGAGUUUGAGAUCCGGUGCACAAACAGGAGACUCAACAAGAUCACUCAGGAAAUGGAGCCGUACCUGCCCGUCACCAGCAAGUGUGCUCGCUUCUGCCUCUCUGCAGCCACUGUUGUAUUCUGGAUUUCCCUGAUAGUGGCCUGUAUUAUUGGGGUCAUCGCGUACAGGCUGGCCGUGUAUGCUGCCUUUGCAAGUAUCAUUAAAGACCCCAUGAGGAAGAUCCAGGUGGUGGGCAGAUUCAUCACUCCACAGCUGGCCACGUCCGUCACCGCCUCCUGCAUCAACUUCGUCAUCAUCAUGAUCCUCAACUUCUUUUAUGAAAGGGUGGCCGUCUGGAUCACUGAUAUGGAAAUCCCGAAGACCCACCUGGAGUAUGAGAACAGGUUGACCAUGAAGAUGUUCCUGUUCCAGUUUGUCAACUAUUACUCCUCCUGCUUCUAUGUGGCCUUCUUCAAAGGCAAAUUUGUGGGCUAUCCUGGUGACUACAGAUACAUGUUUGGCAAAUGGAGCAAACUGAGGAAUGAGGAGUGUGACCCUGGAGGCUGUCUGAUUGAGCUGACCACGCAGCUGGUGAUUGUUAUGGCAGGAAAACAGCUGUGGGGGAACAUUCAGGAGGCCCUGCUGCCGUUGAUGCGUAACUGGUGGAGUAGCAGAAAGGGACGGCACCAUCCUGAGAACCACUACAGCCGCUGGGAGCAGGAUCACGUCCUGCAGAACUUCAGCCAGCUGGGAUUGUUCUACGAGUACCUGGAGAUGGUGAUCCAGUUUGGUUUCAUCACUCUGUUUGUGGCGUCCUUCCCCUUGGCUCCCCUGCUGGCUCUGUUCAACAACAUCCUGGAGAUCAGGGUGGACGCCUGGAAGUUCACCACCCAGUUCAGACGACCGGUGGCAUCCAAGGCCCGAAACAUCGGCGCAUGGCAAGAAAUCCUCAACGCAGUGGCCAUUUUGUCUGUUGUUACCAAUGCUUUCAUCAUGGCGUUCACCUCCGACAUGAUCCCUCGUAUGGUCUACCUGUAUGCCAACGGUAAUGGGGUCAGCAUGAGGGGCUACGUUAACAACAGCCUGUCGAUAUACAACAUCUCACAAAUACCCAAGGACAACAUGCCGGAAGAACAAGACUACUGGUUUGAUAACUUGACUACCACUUGCAGAUACCGUGACUACCGUUACCCUCCAGGCCACCAGAGGGAGUACACACAUACCAUGCAGUUCUGGCACAUCCUGGCAGCCAAAAUGGCCUUUAUUAUUAUCAUGGAACAUGUGGUCUUCGUGGUGAAGUUCUUCGUGGCGUGGAUGAUCCCGGACGUCCCGUCAGAUGUGAAGGCGCGGAUUAAACGAGAGCGCUACCUGAUUCAAGAGUACCUGCAUAACUACGAGGUGGAGAGGCUCAAACUCCAGCUGAGUGCCAGUUUCAUCACAGAGCCACCGACAGAAGCGUCCCCCGUGACAGACAAGCAUGAAGUUUUGUCCGAGUGCCUGUAGCUUCUUGCUCCACACCUCCAACCAACCAAGCCAAGGAUGAACAUGUCAGGGUCAGGGAGGUUUCUCCUCACUAAGAUCAUCCAAAUACAAGGGCUUCUGUCUUUGGGAUAAAAACACUAUUCGCUUCUCUUGCUGAAUGGACUCCUAUAUUAGGAUCUGUGACGAGGCAUCAGAAAAAAAAAAUGUCCAGCGCAACAUUUCACUUUGCUUAAAAUCAGCUUCAUGAGUGAAGGAAACAUUUCUGUGCCAUAAAAGAAAUUGCUGGAAGGUGCUGGGAAGGAAAAUGAGAGCAAAGAGCAAAAAAGAUUGUAACGGCAGCUUUGUACCAUUCCCCAUGUAAUGCCUUCAAAGACUCCAUCUGUCAUGACUGCAGACAAUAAUCUGUGUGUGCUGAUAGAGUUAAAAGUUUGUGCUGGUGAACGUGUGACAUUGGGUGUAAUUAUCCUUGAAACAGUUAAUAAUGACAUCAUCCAUUGAAGUGGCUGCAUGCGAUUCUUCCAAUGAGUAUAAAAGAUGAAGGACUCGACUGUUUAGGCAAGAAAUAUGUGAAGGUUGUAAAAAAAAUAUAUAUUUCAACGGUAAUUGUGGUUAAAAAAUUCAUAUGACGUUAGGGAUGAAUGUUAUACAUCACUUAUCCUUUUACUGUCAUUUAACUAUGGAUGUAAAACAGUUAAAUUCUCUCAGAUUUUAAUUAUAUCUACUAACGCGGUGCUUACUGCUCAGACAGCUUCACUAUGCUUCUUUUUGAAUCUUUUUGUUUUUGAUUGGUUGCCACAUAACGUUUAGCUCCACUGAUCUAUAGCUGGGCUAUAUGAUUGGCACUCCUGUUAUUUCGGUGUAUUCAUGUUUAGAGAACAGCUCUUAAAAACUGUGCAUUUGAGAACCAAGUACCUCCGUCACACUGCAGUGAGAUCAGACGUGUGGUGUGACUCCACCCGUCCCACCCUGAGUGAGGGGCUGCAGCAGUGAUAUGGUGAGCCAGCAGCUGCAGGCUCAAGUCUCCUCUUCCAAAUGAUUUUUCUAGCUUGCUGCGGGACCAAUUAUACGAUUUCUAUCAAAAGAAAAGCCUGCAUGAAGAAAAUGAUGGAAGAUCUCCUGACAGAUCUUCUGUUUUAAUACAAUCAGUUUGCGUGUGCGAGUUCAGGCUGAUCAAGUGUCGGCAUCACUCCUCCUCGUGUUACUCGUGGAUAAUAAAUGGCCUAUAUAUCUGUUUUCAGAUUUCACAUUAUUGGUGUCUCCAUAUUCAGUACUGUGGUCAUAAACAACUGUAGGCUUCAUGUCAGAGAAGGAGAAGAAGUGCUGUGCCCUGGUGGGGAUACAUGUGAGAGAGGAUUUGCUGUAGAUAGAGAGAAUAUCUUAUCUAUUUAAAUGGGUUGUUGUGCAAUUAAUUUGUAGAUCUGCUUUUGUGUUUAGACUUACAUCAUAAUCCUCUUUUUAAGAUCUUUCUAAUGGAUUUACACGCAACACGUGCUUUCGUAUUUUGUACUAUUCAUCACCUCAUAAACGACCAUCAAGCAGUGUUAGCUCAGACAGCUCUUCGAGUACAUUUCAUGCUAUAAAUUACUACUUUUGUCGAGGAACCAGACGAGUAAAAACUCACAUUCUGUGGAUGACAAAGAUCGGACUAUAGCUUUUCAUUCAUAAAAUACAGUAUGUGUUUUUUUUCUGUUUAAUAUAUAUUUUGGUAAUCUUAACAUGCAUAUAGAUUUUUCUGUCUUCUUAUUGAAACCUCUUUGUAAUCAACACUGUAAAUGAUGCAGCUAUCAGCAAAUUAUAUUUGACGGUGAAAAGCUAAGCCUGGCGUACUCCAAUCUCAGGAUUAAACAUCUUCUAACGUUUGUUGAGCAUCACGUGUCGAUACAGAUGUGUGCAGGGGGUUCGAGCAUGAGGUGCAUGAUGUAUUUCCCAACAAACAAAUGCCUUAAACGUCUGUGUUUACUUGUUUUUGUAUGAUUUUGUAAUGACAAAGUUUCCUGUCUGUAUCCAAAACCUGUUUCAUAUCAUUUGUCGCUGCUGCGAGCCAUUGCAGAGUAGCUGUUUCCUCUGGUCUGAUGUGCAUGGAUGUCUGUUGUGUAAAUAUCCUGUCAGUUAACAUUCGAUGUCUGCUGUAGCCUAUUGUACAGAAUUGCAGUAAAGCGGUUAAUAUUCACAAUAAAUGA